AUGGAGGAUACUACAAAAAUAAUCAAGAAUGGACAUGAAUUUGCACGAGAUUGGAAACGCUACUGUAAAACCAACACUGAUAGAUACAAUUUUCUCAUUAAAAUCGGAGGAGAGCAACUAGGAGUGAUUUUCAAGAUGGAGAUCGCGUUUGGUCUCCUAGGAGACAUCUUGGUUGCCUUGGAAGAAUGCUUUGUUCCUGAAGAUGCCAAUGCAAUUGUUUCAAUUUUAGAAAACCUUUCAAAAACAAGUAGAUUCACUUUGUCGCUGGAUUUUCUUAGUUCCAUCGAAAAGGACUCCUGUCAGAGACUCCUUCUAAAGCUGCAGUGCCUGUGUAUGGCUGCAGCCUCGGAUGUAACGUACAGUUUUUCUGAUAACUCUGUUCAGACAUUAAUGGAGGUGUACAAAGUGUCUUGA